AUGCAGUCGAUCCUCCUCGCCUUAGCUUUAUCUGCUGCCCCUGCGGUCGCCUUUGCGCCGAGCGCCCAGCCGCGGGCGUCCGUCGUGCGCUUCAUGGACGAGGACGCGCUGAAGAACAAGAUUCUCAACGCGGGCCCGGCCGAGUUCAACAAGAUCGGCGGCGUCGAGGUCGCGACCGAGAUGCCCGACGACAUAAAGUUCGAGGUGCCGAUUCCGGCCAAGGUCAUGGGCCGCUGGGACGGCGAGUGCGCCAUCACCGUCUCCGAGGGCGAGAUGAAGGCCGGCUCCGGCAACUCGGCCACCGUCAACGUCGUGCCGGACAGCAUGGGCUACGAGGACUACUACGCGGGCUUCGAGGACGCGCCCGAGUGGGUCACGGUCGAGCCGGCCAUCGGCAAGUUGGACAGAAGGGGCGGCGCGGAGACGACGCUGACCGUGACGGCCUGCCCGCCGCCGGGCACGUCGUUCUCGGGCGAGCUCGGCCUCGUCUGCGUGCUGCCGGACGACAUCGACAAGGCAUGUUGCCGGUGUCCUCAAUCGAUGCGCGGCCGACACUCACUCGUCGGUUACCACACAGGCCUUCAAGGUCACGCUGACCGUCGGCGACGGCGUCGCGACGAGCGACUUCGACGCGGGCUCGGACGCGGACAUGGGCUAGGCGCGUCGUAAGAUUCACAUUGUUAUUAGUCUUGGUGUGCGGCCGCCGGAACGGGACUCGGAGCCGCGGGUGAGUGUCGCCGCGACGGCGUGCUGUCCCAGCAGCACGCCGUCGCCGCGACCCAUGAAGGUCU